CUGUGAUUGCAAUGACCAAGGCCCUGGCCAUCGACGAGAGCAAAUACGGAGUACGGGUCAACAGCAUCUCGCCAAGUCAUAUCUGGACUCCUUUGUGGGAAAGGGAAGCAAAUCGUUUUAAGAAUCCAGAGGCCAUAGUCCAGGAAGGCGAAAGUUAUCAGCUUAUGGGACGGUUUGGGACCCCAGAAGAGGUGGCCUUGGGCGUUCUGUUCCUUGCUGCUGAUGGAACUUUCUGCACUGGUCUGAACCUUCUACUCACUGGUGGAGCUGAAGUUGGCUUCGGAAGAAAGAGCCAGAUGGGUCCUGACUCUUCUGCAAUUGAUAGUGGGAAUCUGAAGGACUCCUCCAGCAACUAAUAGAACCACAAAGAGGGGUGGGGAUAAGAGCAAAGAGUACAACUGUCAUUGAUUCAAAGUCAUUAUUCAGUCUUCAUUAAAUGCUUCUUUUUUAUGUUUUCUGGUUGUUUCCCCUUGACCAGCAACUGUGCCUAUUCUUGUUCCAAAUCCCACCAUCCAAUAAAGAAAUGGCUCAAAGGAAAGAGAGGUCAUAAAGGUGUCGUUGCUGUCCGGCUUUAAUUCAUGAAAAUGAGUUUGCAUCAGGACCUACCCUUCCUUGUUGAGCUGGGUUUGGUGCUCUCUG